AUGCCCCGUCCUCCCGCGUCGUUUGACGGAGACAAGGAGUGCGCCGAAACAAGUUUCGCCGUUCGCCAAGUUCCGACAGCUCGAGAAGCAGAAUUCAACCAACAGUCCCAACAGCCAUAUCUGUGGAUACGAAUAAGGGAUUACAACUCGCCCAAGACGCCAGUGAGCCCGGGCUCCCCGUCGCCCUACUUCAAGUUCACGGACCCUGCGGUCCAGGCCAGCGCGAUGACCAUUAAAGAGCGCCUGCUGCAGUGGUGUCGAGACAAGACCAGGGACUACGAGAAUGUGAAGCUGGAGAACUUCUCGACGAGCUGGGCGGACGGGCUGGCGUUCUGCGCGCUCGUGCACCACUUCCUGCCGACCACGUUCGACUACAGCAAGCUCGUGCCGGAGCGACGCCGGCAGAACUUCACGCUCGCCUUCAAAGUUGCCGAAGAGAAGGCGGGCAUCUACCCCCUGCUGGACGUGGACGACAUGGUCGCCAUGCGAAAACCCGACUGGAAAUGCGUAUUCACGUACGUGCAGUCCAUACACCGCCGCUUUAAGGACCAGGACUGAACAUCAAGUAUACUUGCGCCGAACUUUCGGAAACCAGAUAGCUCAAUGCAAAAGUACAGAUGUUUAUAUACAUUGGUUAUUCCAUAAUCAAUCUAGUCUGAUCAAAGUUGUCAUUUUUUAACCGUGUUGAUUCUCUUGGUUAAAAAACAAAUUAUUCAAGAUUUGGAAGUAUUGAUCUAAGAAAAUAAAGCAGAUCUCUAUUCGGCGCAAGAAAGUUCGUCAACGUCCCGCAUAGAGUAGACAAGUAGUUGAACGCUGAAGUCACAAAUGUUAAUGUGGAAUUAGUCCAAAGAGAGUAUGUUGUUAUUGAUUGUUUGUUUGUUAGAUGUUUAUGUUUGUCGGUGUCCGCCCACUCGUUGUUUCUCCAAGCGCUGUCUCGACAGUCCUCCUAUUUAUUGUAUAAUCUCAAGAUGUAUGUGAUUUUUUUUAUAAUAGGAUUUAAGUUCACUAACAUAUAAUAUUAUAGGUCAUAGUCUAUUAUUAUUUCGCACGAAAUGUCGCGAAAAGUCUACGGGGAUCGCUUUGGCUUAUAAAACAUAAGGAAGUGGCAUCCCCGUUCUGGUGACAUUCGCCGCCAUAUUAACCACAGACUUAUCGCUCUAUUUUAUUAAAUUUGACAUUAACAGCUUCAUAAUCGCCUUUUGAUUUAAGAUUUAAUGAAUAUUAUGUUAAUAUAUUGACAAUAAAAUAAAUACUAUUAACAAUGAA